CCGCCGCCGCCGCCAUCUUGCCCGGUCCCCCAACACUUCCUCUUCCGGUUUGCUCCCCGGCUAACUUCCGCUUCCGGCGCUGUGGCGGAGCUCGGCAACCAUGAUCGAAGUCGUCUGCAACGACCGCUUGGGCAAGAAAGUGCGGGUGAAAUGCAACACCGAGGACUCGAUCCGGGACCUGAAGAAGCUGAUCGCGGCGCAGACCGGCACCCGCUGGGAUAAGAUCGUGCUCAAGAAGUGGUACACCAUCUUCAAGGAUCACGUCACGCUGGGCGACUAUGAGAUCCAUGAUGGCAUGAACCUGGAGCUCUACUACCAGUAGCGGCUGCCGUUCCUUCCCGGUGCUCUCC